AUGGAGGAAACAUUAUUGAAAUUUUGUGUAGCCAUCGGGCCGAGGCCUCUUUUAGAUUUCCCGGAUCGAAUAGAACUGCCAAUGACCGCUGUCAAAAUUCCGUCAUCAAAAUCCAUCCUGGUCAGAAACAUCGGUGACGUUCCUGCGAUUUUCACACUUUACACCGAAUCCCCGCACUUUUCAAUCGAACCUUCGAAAGGAAUUAUCGAGGAAGAAGAGACGGUUCAGUUCGCUUUGACUUUCCUUUCAGUAAAAGCCGGCGAUUUCGAAGGAACUCUUCUACUGAAAUACGAAUCUGGGGAAACAAUUCGUUUGGAAUUGCGUGGGUCAGCAAUAAAUUCGAAUGUUCGACUGGACAGGGGCAGCAUCAGAAUGGAAGACACGUUUUUGGGAUUGACGAGAUCGAAGACUUUCUCAAUUCAUAACAGAAGUGACUACAUUGUUCGUUUCCAAUGGAUGCAGUACAAAGAUAAGAAGACGGACGAAAAUCGGAAAAAAGAAUACAAACAAAUGUUUGGGACAGUAAAAGACAUCGAGGUUGCACGGUGUGCUGAUCUUGUGCAUUUUAAUGUAUGUUUACCGAAAACACAUGAAUUAAUAUGCCAGAGGAUCUAUACCGACGAAAUCGCGGCUUUGGAGAGCGACACGUUUCCCUUCCAUCAUACCAGUUUCAUUAUUUCACCCAUGGAGGGUGAAAUUUGGCCGCAAAGUUCCAUAGAGUCUAAUCUCCUCUUCAAACCUAAUAAGGUUGGUGAAAUUUCAAGUACAGCCUACUUGGAGGUUGCAGCUAGAGAAGAUAGAAUACCCUUAAGUUUUAUCGGCGUCUGCAAAGGGCCAGUAUUCCACCUGAACGCGGUUACCAUCAACAUCGGAAACGUAUUUCUUUGCUCGGUGCAUAAUUAUGAAGUGAUAUGUGCCAAUAAGGGAUUCAUCCCUGGCGUUUUGGCUUAUCAGCCGAGACCCUCAAAUUUUGGAAGCACCAUUAAUAUCGAGCCCCCACAGCAGAGAUUAGAGCCUGGGGAGUACAAAUCAUUCAAUCUUUCCUUCUCUUCAAAUCGAAGCGGCUCUUUCGUGGAGCGAAUUGACUUCGUCGUGAAAGAAAGUCUUGAAAUGAUCUCCAUGCACGUCGAGGGUAAAGUGAUAUGUCCUACUCUGCAUUUCGAUAAAGAGUCUCUAGAUUUUGGCGUCACUCCCUUAGGGUUUACAUCCAAACAUGAAAUGUCACUUCAUAAUUUGUCUCUGGUGCCUGUGACAUUUUCCAUGAGUGUAUCCGGAGACGGCGAUCAGCUAGCAGUGACCCAUGAUGACUUCUCAAAAGCUCUUAUCAAACCUAAUUUCCCAUCUCAGCCCUGUGAAUUUGUUAUCACCCCUUGCGAAGGGGUUGUCGCCGCCCACAGUUUCCUUAAAGUAAAGAUCAGUUACACACCGAAUAUCGUUCGACAUGGACAAACAAACGUAAGAGUCGAUAUGUGGGACUCUGAUGUAGAACCUAUGGUUUUGCCGAUAACAUAUCGUUGUAAAGUGGCCAAUCUGAUAGUCACACCCUCUGAAGUUGCCAUAAGAUUUUGCUUUAUUAAUCAUCCAUAUACACGGACUCUUACCAUUGAAAAUAAAUCCGACGUCGAGGGAUACUUCUACCUCGCCCCGCAAGUUGUUACCCCGAACAGCACUAUAUUAUAUUCCGUAUCCACUUGUCAAGGAUACUUGAAACCUGGUCAAUCAAAAUCCAUAUCACUAACCAUUAUCACCAGUGGAAUGGGCAAGCAAAGCACCUCCAUAAAUCUAUUAACUUUCGGGGAAAAGGUGCCAAAUUUACGGUGUACAUUAAUUUGCAAUGGUCAAGGGCCCGUGGUAGCGGCUAAUCCAAUAUUGCUAAAUUGGCACGAAAUUCCAGUUCUGCAAGAGGAGGGCUCGAAAGUGACUCUGAUUAAUGACUCGCCCAUUCCUGCCGAGUUCAAGAUCAACUUGGUAACUUUAGUCAUUAGAUUAUUGCUCAGGAAGAAGACUCUCUCGGAGCAAUGGUACCUUCAUGCUCAGAUAGAAGGUCUAGGAAAACGCGAAAUUCUGGGAAUCAGCAACUUUACUGCGACAUUUGUUGAGCCGAGCAUAACUUUUAGCAAAACUGAGCUAUUCUUUCGUCUGGACAUGUUUCCGGACUGCGACAAAUUGCAGAUAACAGACGAACUUUACGUGAUGAAUGAAUCCAAGCUGAACCUGAAUACUCAUCUCAGCAUUGAUCCACCAUUUGAAUUAAUCACCGAUAACGAGGAAUAUGUUUACAAAAUGAAUAUCAUAUUAAUCGAUCGCGACAAGAUAUGGUGCAAGGCCGAAAUCAAUUAUCCGCAUAUCGAGCUUAUUCCCGAUGAAAUUAAAUUCUCCUGCGACUUGGGCUGCAGCGCCGAAAAGAAAUUAGUUUUAAUGAAUUCCGGUCCUAUUCCUGUUUUCUAUCAUUUUCUCUGGUGCAAAGACAGUAUCAAAAUUGAACACAGAAGUUCAUCCAAGCACCGAAUACUCAGCGGAGGGAAAUACAGUCUGAUGACGACUUAA